AGAGGAGGUGACUUGCGCGUUUGGCUAGUUUCCCAACGUCGGGGAAGGAGGGGCGACAGUUAAAGAUUAGCGUGAUAGUGCUCCCUUUAAAUACCGGGCACCGACUGAUCAAAGCGUCCAAUUCAUUGCAGAUCCUCGGCCAGUGCAGCUAUCUGGUACGCGCUCCCGUCCCCAAACCUAACCCGAGACAUGGCAAACGCGUACCUGCAAGGAGUAGAGAUCUCUGCAUCCCAGUUCCUGGAUAUUUUUCACCAUUAUGAUAACGAUGGUAAUGGAUAUAUUGAAGGGAAGGAGUUGCAGAGUUUUAUAAAAGAACUUCAGCAAGCUCGAAAACAGGCAGGACUUGAGCUUACAGACCAAAUGAAGGCUUUUGUACAGGAAUAUGAGAAAAAUACAGAUGCCAAAAUUGGAAUUGUUGAGUCCCAUAGCCCAGCUGACUGUCAGAUUGGGGAGUACGGUGGUGGGGUCAUCCUUCUGUCCCCUCCGACAGACUUGGCCUGCAUCCCCUUCAGCAGGRCCUCUGUAUUCUGGUGCGUCUCCACAGCUCACAAGAGGUCCUCCAAGAAUGUGUCUGCUAUAGCAGGUGUUGUUGUCAAAAUGAUCUUUCUGCUUUUGCUUCAUUUCCAGAACUUUUUGAAAGAUCUUCUUCAGAAGGCUAAGAAACCAUAUGACGAAAAGAAGUUAGAUGAGUAUACACAUACCACACUCAAAAUAUUCGACUCAAACCACGAUGGGAAGUUGUGUUUGGCAGAAAUGGCGAGGCUGCUACCGGACGAGGAGAACUUUCUACUCAAGUUUCAGAAUGUGAAGAUGGUGAGGAGAGAGUUCAACAAGAUCUUUGAGUUAUACGAUCAGGAUGAGAAUGGCUAUAUGGAUGAGAAUGAGCUGGAUGCCCUCCUCAAAGAUUUGUGUGAGAAGAACAAGAAGGUGCUGGAAGUCAACAAAAAUCCCCAGCAUAUAGACCGUUCGAUUAUGGCGCGCUAUCGACGGGGGUGUUAA